GUUCCAUGUUCUUUGCCUUGCUGUCAACUACACAGCAGAGGACACUUCUUUACUGAAAAAUUAUUCCGGGACAAUCUAAAAAUACGAAAUUACCGCAGUUUCGGGUUAAGUUUAUUCGAUAAGGUUAAUUUCUGUUGCAGUAAAUCUUUCAACUGAAAUUGAUGUAAAUUUUAUCUUGUGUUUUUUAUGUAAAUGCGAAUACCAAAACCACUGAUGAACUGCUGUUGUCUAAUAAAACGUUUCAUUGAAGAUUCACUAGACAAAUAAACUCUUAUCUGCUCACAAUUUAGAUGUUUCUUUGACAAGGCAACAGGAGACCUAAAUCCAGCUCCUAUUGUCAAAGAAUUUGUACAGUAUACUUUACAGAGGCAACUGAAGAAUCUAUACCUAAAACGCCCCUUCAAUAAUUGAAAGACUAAGUACCCUGGUGGAUUCCAGAAAUGGAGAAAGCACUUGAAAGAAGCACGCUUACAAUGUAUAUAAAAAGCACAAGACACUCGAAAAUCAAAUUGAAUUUAAGAGACUUGGAGCCAGUUUACAGAAGAUAAAUAAGUAGAGUAGUAGUUGUUCCCUUAUGAGCCGAAAAGUGAGGGUUUCCCUCACCUGUGACCAACUGACCAUCCUAGAUGAAAUGAAGGUCGAUAAACCGGAAAGGGGUAUUUUGUUGGCUUACCUCUUUCGAGGACUCAACAGAAGCGGUCAAUUUCACGAGAACACUUCGAUUCUCCGAUACGGGUUUUUUCGAAAAUCGAAACCGAUCUGUCGGCGUAAACACGGCUACCAGCCCGGACUCAAGAGAACUUGGUUCCGUGAUCCAGGGUCAUUAUGUGGUGCAGCAUUUUCUCACGAGAUACCUCACUCUAAUUAUAUGUCUAGCUUGCUCCUGAAAUCUACGGCUUUUAUUGCUAAAUAUGCUCAGGCUGGCUUCAGGAAAAAAUCUAAUUUCUACUUUGGAAACCGGACUUUGGUCCUGCGGAGAAACUAA